AUGGCUGUCCACGAUGCUGCGCCGAGCUACAUAACUUUCGAAAGCAGAGUGGCAUCUUACCGCUAUGCACAACCUAUUACUGGUCGUAGAACAUCGACCGCUGGAUCAAGAGCUCCAAAAAGUCUCAAAUGGCCUCACAAGUUCCUAUUGCCAGAACAGCUUGCAAAGGCAGGCUUCUUUUAUUACCCUUCGCAGGCUAGUCCGGAUAACUGCGCUUGCUUUCUCUGCCAUAGAUCCAUCGACUCAUGGGAAGAGGGUGAUGAUCCAUUAGUAGAGCAUCUAAAACAUUCUCCAAAUUGCGGAUGGGCAGUUGUUGCCUCCAUCGAGGCACAAGAUAGAGAUUUGAACAAUGAGUACCCUGCCAGUUUGAGAAUGGUCGAGGCAAGAACUGCAACAUUUGCAGGAAUAUGGCCUCACGAGGCGAAGAGGGGUUGGAAAUGCAAGACUAAACAGUUGGUCAACGCUGGGUGGAAAUAUACUCCAACUUCAGAUUCGAACGAUAUGGCUACCUGCACUUAUUGUUCAUUGGCAUUGGAUGGAUGGGAACCAUCCGACAAACCAUUGGAAGAACAUUAUAACCGUUCCCCCGACUGUCCUUUUUUCACACUCAUCGACGAUCAUAAUUCAGAACUUGCCUUGAAAAAAUCAACAACUACUAAAAAGGCUAGAACAUCAAAAGCAUCUCGAUUAUCUACACAAUCCGCUGUUACUGUUGCCAGCGAUGCAGCUGAAGAAGAAGAUGAAAAAGGCAGCAUUAUCUUUACAGCUACAACAAAGGGUAAGACAUCUGGGCUUAAAUGUCGGAAGACUAAGGCCAAGAAGAUCGAGCCAUCCCGAUUAUCUACACAGUCCGCUAUUACCGUUGCCAGCGAUGCAACUGCUGAAGAAGGAGACGGCAUUAUAUCUACAGCGACAACAAAAGGCGAGGCGUCUGGACUCAAGGGCCGUAAACCUAAAGCCAAGAAGAUCGAGACAAUUGAGGUUCCCGAAGCCCCAACAGCAUCUACUAUCCGUGGCAGAAAGAGGAAGAGCGACGACGAGACCUCUCAGCCUGACCUUCCAAAACGAGAACCGAAAAGACGCACUACAAGGAGCAGUACGGCACGAGUUUUUCCUCAAGCAUCCGCUGCACCACUGCGAGCACCAACCUUUACAGACUUGCAGAGCCAGGCAGCGGCUUCGAAUUUACUUUGGAUGGAAGGUUCUCCUCCUCGAUCUACUCCUCCCCUAUCACCACCUCAAUCUCCAGUCGUAGAUAAUCAAUUUUCCGACACAGAAAAUCAAUCCUCUGAUGCGGAAAAUCAUCUCCCUGAGAAACCUAAUACCCCUCCAAAUCGACAUUUAAUGGUACCUAAAACUACCAAACAAUGGAAGGCCGUAGAUGCAGAGAUGUUUUUCGGUGAUGAAGAACACGAGCAUUUCGUGACCGCAAUGUCAAAACUGAAAACAGGAACUUUAAGUAAAGCUGAAAGUCAAAUGUCCGUGGAACAGUGGAUCUACUACACCGCCGAGGUUGCCCAAGAAAAACUUCGCGAGGAGUGUGAGCGAAUGGUAGCCGCAUUCGAGGCUCAAGGCAUGGAGGCUUUAGCUUGCUUAGAAGCAAUCGAGAUUGUUUGA